GGGGCUGCUCCAGGAGGCACUUUUCCUUUUUCCAUGAGAGGGAAUAGGUCUGCGAGCAAAUUGGGGGAAAGGGAGAAAUACCAAGAGAGCAAGAGCCACGUUAUGUUUCCAUUUUCCUUUAAUGAAGGCCCUGUGGAGGUGUAUUUGAAAACACAGGGUCUCCUAUGCCUUCAAGGAGGGUGAGAACACUGUGCUGGCGGGUUCCAGGGCCAUAUGCAGUGUAUGGUGGCCAAUGAAACGGGGCCUGGCUCGUUCCCUUGCUUGUCUUGGCAGCCUUCUCCACGGCUUGUAUUACCAGCCCUGGAACACAACCGCUGCCAAACUGUGUGUGUGUGCGUGUGUGUGUGUUUGGACUCCGAGAGCUCAGCAGAAACAAAUGCUUCUGCAGCUCAGACCAGGAUUUUUUUCACUAGUUUCAGGAAAACGUGCCCGAAAAAUUCAAUUUGGAGGUUGUUGUCAGGAGCACGCACUGGGAAUUUGUUGGUGAGGGCUUGCGUGGGGACAUCUGGGAAUGUCAGUCAUUGGAGUUUGGAUUCUUGGUAUGACUUCUACUGGUUUAAAAAAGAGAAAACCUGCCCAUCCGGGGGAUGAGUGGGUGGGUGCGGGAGCUGCCAUCCAAACCGUCACUGUGUCAAGCAGCAAUUGCUUAUCCCACGUUCUUGGGAUCUGGGGGGAUUACCGAGAUCUGCUGCUGACAGUUAACAUGCAAGUUGCUGCCUCCUUGCUGAAACGCUUAUAUGGAUGCUUCUCCUUUCUCUUCACAUCUGAACGUUGAGUCUUUCCUUACGGGAUCCAAAGGUCUCUGUGCUGUGAUCCUUGCCAAGGCAGAGUAGAUACUCUCGGACCUCUUCCCUCCUCCUGCCCUCUCUUUCUGAGCUGUGUGUCCAACUGCUCAAGUGCAGGCGGUGCUGAGCAUCUGCUCUGCUGCGUUCUUCCCCGUGCUAGCGUUUGCUACCUCAGCUGCAUUGCCCGGGCCGGGUACUUGGCAGCAGGCAGUGUCUUGAGCGUGAAGCUGUUGAGAGGCUCUUUUUCCCUCCAACAGGCUGUUCCUGGUGGACCCGGCCGCGAGAGCAAGGGAGGCAGAGCCGUGGUGUGUGGCAUGGACCCCUUGCCAGCCUGGCUGUGUCCUGCAGUGCUAGUGCAGCAAGGAGAGGGCACAGCAAACCUGAUGCCCUCUGUCUUUGACUGCUUGCAUGGAUUUCUCCAUCGCUUGGACUGUCCAGAGUUUCAAUCCAAGCAUUGCGAGCUAUUUUAACAUGCAGCCAGGGAGCUGAAAGUCCAUAGGAGCCUCUGGGCUGAACAAGGCUGUUACAAACUAGCCAGAGCUGGUCUUUAUAUGGAUUAGAGGACUUUGUGGAUGACCCUGGCAUUCAGGGCAUAAUUCUGAGGAGUUUGUAGGGGGGCCUCUCAUCUCUGAGGCUGUCCUUGUCCCCUGAGGGCAGAGCUCUGUGCUGAAGUAGGGUUGUCUUCUUGAAGAAGAUUCCAGCCCUGACCACAUGUGGUUGUGGAAGGUCCUAGGGAAUUUCAGUAAGUCAGUCGUUAACCUCAGUGUCUGAGCUGCAGCCCAGCUCAGGCCAGCAUAUUCCUUCCUCCUUAAAUCCAUUUGAGCUUCUUCGGGCGGAAACUGGACAGCUUUUACCUUCCUGCUCUGCACUGCUGUCCGGUGGGUGAUGCAGCAUUACUACGUCUGCCAUGAAUAGUUAAUUGCAGCCCCUGAUGCUGUGAUAAUGAAUUGUCAUUUCUUUGCAGUUAUUGCAAUUGGUUAUUGCAAUCGGGGAGCCUCGCUAUGGUAAGUGCUGUACAAAACCCCACUGUCACCGAUUGCUUACAAGUCAAUCGCUGCAUUGCAGUGGUGGGGGCAGUGUAGUGCUAAACUGGAGCUUUUUACUGCCCUGUGAAGGUAUGAAGAAAAAAUGCUUAGGGAAAAAGGACUGAACUGGCUGCUUUGCGAAUGGCAAAGGGAAGGUUAUUUCUAAAGCUGAGGGCUGGGGAACCAGUAUCCCCCGUCCUCAUAAUGGGGUUAAGGAGUCGAAGCAUCAAACGGGCAGAUGUGGGGGCUGAUGGGGUGACGCUUAGUUGAGUGGGGGGCUGAGAAACGGCGUGUCUGCCGAGGAGAGGCUGACAGCUCUGGGCUGCCCUGUGGGUACAGUGUAGAGAGCAGUGCACCUCCCUUAUGGACAAGAGCGGGCUUUUCACUGCUCUCUGUGUGUUAAUGACUCGGAUGUUCCUCCUGCCAUCUGUGUGAAACUGGACGUGCAGGACUGAGGCAGACUGUUGCCGCUCUCAAAAUGGGUUUGGACAUCCACCUCCUGAGGGACUGUCCUUCACAGCUCCGUCCUCUCUUUCACAUUGUGACCCUGCAGUCCGCUUACUGGAGCUUGAGAGUUUGGGAUGAGACAUUGCAAACCAGGCAGGUCUUCUCUCACCAAGUGGGGUUGCCCGUGAGAGGAUGGGAACAAAAAGGGCAGCAGCUGAAGGCGUCGUGGGAAGGGCACAGUUGCUUCUUUGGCCCUGAAACCCCGGGGCUUGGUUGUAGCAGCUGUCUCUCCCUCUUGGGGUGGGACGGAGUGUGGAGGUAGUGAGGGACUGUGGUCUCCAGCAUACCGAGAUGACCUGCUGCAGCUCAGUGCGCUUGGUAAGCCAUGCUGUGAUCGUGGCUUAAGCUGAAAAGUCUGGUUACAGCAAAGGUUUUGGCUUCUGUUGUGUUCUCAUAUUUGGCAAAUCACUGCAGUGCUGAUCAAUAUGGCCUUUGGCACUGGCACUGCGAGUCGCUGCUUUUAACAAAGCAGAUGAGAAGAAGAAGCCAGAUAGGAGAUGUAAUGGCCUCAGUUGGAUGUGUCGGGUGCGUCUGCAGCGGAUAGCAGUUGUGUGGGAGUGGGGGAGGAUUGCGUUUUAGACAGCAGAAGAAAACUGUAAUUGCAUGGCUAAGUACUUGUGGCACUGGGAAUAUGGGGUAGUGGCUUUCUGCCUUCAGCUUAACUUGGCACUCACUGGAGGCUCAACCUGAAAGUGGAAGAAGGUCUGUAGGCUCCAGUGAUCCUGAGCACCCUGCAGCCUCCCCAGCCAGAAGAGUCCAGAUGGAAAAGAGCAAGUGGCUCUCUGCUUCAGAGGAGGAGUGAUAGCCAACUGCCCUGUCUUUGUUUAGGAAGUUACAUUCUUGGGACGUGAGAAGCUGGGCAUGUCAGGAAAGGGCUUUCAUAUAAAUCAUCCUUCUGUCGACAGAAGGAACUGGAAAGAUGCAAUGUAUGACAUACAGGCUAAGUGGACUUGAUAACCAGGAGCUAAAAAAAAAGGUAAAAAUUACAAUAAACCCCUAGUAAAUUCUAAGGAACCAGAAGCUGCUUCUCAUGGAUGGCACCACUACUUCUGAUCUCCACAGCAGAAUUAUUGCCUGUUGGGCAGAAGCAGACGAAAGGCCAACUGCUGUGACUUAAGUGCUCCAAGACAGUCCACACAAACAGUGACAGUAUGUUAAGUGCAAAGACACUAAUGAAGAGAUCGGAGGUUGCCUGUACGGUGGCUUGCAGGCUUUGCCAGUGCUUUGAUGCGUGGCAGCCGACAAGUAACGGCAGGAACCCGGGAGCAAGAGAACAACAGGCGAGUACAGCCUUGGUUCUGCGGGCAGCAUGGAGAAGGGCUGGGAGGACAGACUUCCCUUCAGCGCGGCGCUUAAUAUGGGCAAAAGAGAAACAUGUUGGUGUUUACAGACUGUCAGAAUCUGCUGGCUGGCAAUAUUAAGUGCUAGACGGCCUCUCUGAGAAUCGGAAAGAUACUUGGAUCAGCCGCGGCAGAUGUCAGAGCGUGUAAAAUAGCUUAUGUUGGAGGAGACCACAAUUUAUAGAGAGCAAAAUUGAAAUUAAGGUUGUAAACAGCCCUCACUCCUGCCGAGGAAGCUGACAGAGGAGAUAAGACAGUAAUGGCAAUUUAAAUUGAAGUGUGACUGUCAGAGCCUGCUUUGGCAUGUUGUGGUCCUCUCUGCAUGAUGAUGCUGUUGACGCAGCAGCAGCAGCUGCACUGAGUUUAUAAAGAAGCACACAGCACCUUUGGAUAAGCGAGGAUGCAUAGGACGGUCCCGGGGGACACUGCCUACAACGUAAGGCAAUUUCUGCACCGGGAAAUGGGUGUAUGAUUUCAACACAGGUAGGCAUUCCUGUGCCAAUUUUAGUCCGUCAGUAAGAAUAGCACUGAAGAGGUGGCAGGAGGGGUGUGAAUACAGGCUAGCAACGGGAGGACAAGCCUCCAGGGAUGCUGCGUUAUGUGGAUUAUGCCUAUGCACAUUAGAUUUAUGCUCUAAGUGCUGUGCAAACAUUAAUUCCUUAAGAAAAACAAACAAACAAAAACAGUCCCCAGAAAAAGCAGCACUGAAAUUGGUAUGGGAAGGAAGAAAAACCAACCCAAGCAAAUGAAAAUUGGAACUGCUGGAGAAAGACUAGAAGGGUGUGUAGGGGCACUGUCCCUGAGGAAGCUGAGCAACUCUGUGGGACAGUAACAACUUGGGAAAGCUUCUUCCCAUUAGGUUGAGGGCUCCAGAAUAAGAGACUCUGGCAACAGAAGGAAAACUGUGAGUAAUGGGUGCUGCCUUUAGGAAAUUAAAUCAAUCCAUGUCACAGACUGACCAUGAGGACGUAAUUGGGGAAACAAAGCAUAAACAGUUGUCACUGUUGGGAAAGAUGCAGCAAACCCAAUGUGGACAAAGGAAGCUGCACUGUUGUCGGUUUUCUGGGGGUGAGACUGCUGGUAGAAUAACUGAGUUUGACCUAAGGUUGACGGAGAUCACUAGAACCAUGCCAAAGCAAAGAUGCAAAAAUAACUGCAAUAAUUAGGAAGGUUUACAGACAUUUAGGCAGAAGGUCAAGUCUUGUGUUACAGCGUUUUUCACCAGAACAAGGGAAGUGUAGAGGCAAAGCUAAAGAAAUACAAACUGAAUUUUGACCCGUGAAAUCACGUGUUGACCUGAUUUUUGCUGUAAGGAUAGUUGCUGAAGAGAGCAUUGAGUGACGCAAGCUGCUCAUCGCUGAACUGAAGUUUUAAGAAAGCCUUCUCUGUCUCCUAAUUCACUCCGGAGCAUCUUGAUGUCGUGGCAUGAAAUGAUGAAUAGCAUCAGUGCAGAAGGCACAGCUACGGUGAAUGUAAACUCGAGCAGCUGGCGUCAUGCGGAUCCCGGUGUCAGAUGUAAGGCUGCACAUUCUCUUUCCGCUCUCUACUUUGCUUUGCUGUUGGCUUCAUUACGGGAAAAAGCAUAGUUGAUACAAUGCAGGAAUUGUUGUACAGCCAUAGGACACCAGAAAGCUAAGUUUUACUGGAGACGAAAUGUUUCUCAGCUCGUGUGAGAAGACAUUGAAAGACUGCCUGGCAUCGAGGAAUAAAGACUGUAUUAAUAAUCAGUUCUGGCAAAGAAAAACAUCUAAUAAGAAUCCCAACGAAAGCACUGUGUUAGAAAGGGAAGGAAUACAGAGGUGGAUUGGUUCACGUGCCUUAGAAAUAACAAACACUGCAAAGGAAUAUCCAGAAGGGAAUUAGGAAAUGGCAAAGCACCAGCCGUAUUCACCCCAUCGAGCGAGAUGUGGCUGUUGAAGAACUGCAACGUAAAGGUUGAACUCAGAUCUUGAGCUUCAAAGUUAUUUCUGCCCUACCAUGCAAAUGUGGUAGAAAUGUUCUGGAGCUAUAGGCGGGCACGUCAAUGUCUUCCAGGGUAAUGGCCUCUGGAAGAAGACCAAAGUAGUAAAUAGAAUUACGUGCCUUGGCUUUUUUGUCAUGAUCAAAGUACAACUUCUUACCUCUAGUGUUAACCAGAAAAGAAGGUGAAAGUGUCUGGGGCUUGAAAUGAAAGGAGAGCCUCUCUUGCAGGAGGAAGAGGCAAAAGGAAUGGAACAAGAGUCUCUUUGAGCUGCAGGGAGUGACAGUGGCUGGGACUGAGCCUACGAAGCUGUUUUCCCUGUUAUGAUGCCAGGGCAGAUCCCCGACCCGUCCCUGACGGCUGGCACGCUGCCUGGGCUCGGCCCCUUGACGGGACUGCCUGGCACAGCCCUGACUGCCGAGGAGCUGAAGUACGCCGACAUCCGUAACAUUGGAGCCAUGAUCUCGCCACUCCACUUCCUGGAGGUGAAGCUUGGGAAGAGACCCCAGCCUGUGAAAAGUGAGCUGGACGAGGAAGAGGAGAGGAGGAAAAGGCGCAGGGAGAAAAACAAAGUAGCAGCAGCGCGAUGUCGUAACAAGAAGAAGGAGAGGACUGAGUUCCUGCAGCGGGAGUCUGAGCGACUGGAGCUCAUGAACGCUGAGCUGAAGGCCCAGAUAGAAGAGCUGAAACAGGAGAGGCAGCAGCUGAUCCUGAUGCUGAACCGGCACCGUCCCACCUGCAUUGUGCGGACAGACAGUGUCAAGACGCCUGAGAGUGAAGCCAACCCGUUGCUGGAGCAGUUAGAGAAGAAGUGAAGGUGGCACUGGGCCAGGAAGAGGAGACAGUGGUGCAGGGUCUUCCAGGGUCUCUAAUGUACGUACUGUAUGAAGAACUGUGCACCCAGGCCUGGUGCAGCCAAGACCCAGCAGGCUUCCUUGGGAACUAUGGACCAAACAAUUAUGGGGACAGAGAAGAUCAGGAACCUGUCAACCACGUACUCCGAGGCUGAACCUGGGAGCAGAGCUAGCGGUGCCCAUGAGGGCGACCUCCCUGUGAUACCUCAUCAUGGCCCUUCAGCCUGCUUGCAGCCCUGGGGACCCAUGAUGCCGCAGCAUGUCCCACAAGGACCACGCGUCCUGUGGGGAGCAGGGGCCACGGGUGGAGGAGCGGCAACCAUCCAGUGCCCGCCAGCGCCCUGCCCAGAGGCCGCCACUGCUCCAGAGGGAAACCCAAACCCAAGAACCACAAACACUUGACAGCCUCGUCUGGUGGGCAGGCCUGUCGGGGCUCGGUGGCGCAGGCGCCCCCCACAAGCACACUCUCAGUAUAAUGUUUACAGCCCAGCUGUCCAUGUCGGCCGUGCUCUUGAAUGCACAUUUUUACACUUUUUUUAAAGUAUUUUUUACAAAGUUUUUAUACAGCGAUCUCUAUAUGGAUUUAUAUAAUCACUAGAUGUGAUCCCAUAGAAAUGUAUGUUAUGAUGGUCUGUUUGUUACAAAUGCAUAUGCCACAGUUAUCUCCAUUGUGUUACUUGUCCGGUAGCAUCCAGCUCCUGCUCCAGGGUGCUGGGAAGGUGGUCCAAGCCACCCUCUGCAGUGGUGUCGCUACCUUCUCCAUCCAUGUAUGUCCUUCAUAAUACUCAGUUCUGUAUCGCUCAGUAAAUGUUACCUUUACUUUUGCUGCCCUCCUGUGCUCCGUCAGGAUCAGGCCAUGGUGAGCUCUGGCCAGAGCGCCAGGUCUGACCAGCGUGUGGGUUCUUGGCUGAGAACUGGGUAUACCCACUCUUCUCCCAGUUGGUGACUUACCCAUUGCCAAUGGGGAUGAGGCUACUUUGAAGCAAACUUCAAGUGAAAGAAGCCUUUAGCAUCUGGUACAGAUACACCUUCCACUGAUGUGGUGUUGGGGAGUAGAUGAACUUGACGUAAAUGUGACAAC